AUGUGUAACAGACAGGAUAAAGACUGCAACAGUCACUUACUUCCCUGUUUCUCAUAGUUAUCCCCAGAGGACUGUGCUUGAUUAUUGGUUUCUGUUGGGAUAUACUGAAUGUCAGGCUAUUAGUUUGGAAAUGGCUUCUAAAAAAUGUGGUUUGUCAUGUUGGAGUAGCCUGCCCAUACUUUACAAGUCUUGCCGCUGAACUCAACAUGCUUUGACUGUAUGAGUUGGUGUCCCAUCACCAUCAUGAUUCCCGUCCCAUUACACUAAAUCAUGAGGGGAAAUAUAAUUGUAGUGUAGCCUAAGUGCUUAAGAUGGGUUGAUUUUAUUCCUCUAAACAGCAGAUUGGUAUGAUCCUCCGAUCAGCAGACCCUCGCAUGACUGUGUGUGGAAAUAGCGUGUUGCCUUUUUAAGGUGUAAUUCAGGUUAGGAUCAGUCACGUUUAGUUUAAAAUUAAUUAAAUGAGUUCCCCACAUAUAGGUCAGAUCUAAUGGGCCUAUAUGUCAAGCUUAUAAAAUUCACUGUGGAGUCGGCUACAUUUCCGAAUUGACGAAUAUUACCGAAAGCUAUAACGUCACCAUCACGGAACUUGUCAAAGAACCAAUCAAUGAACUCUGUGAUCACGCUGUCUGCUCCUAGCCCUGUCAGCGUCUGGUGACAGGUCGUUCGCCCUACGAUGGUUGUGUUAAAAGGAAUACCGUCUGUACUGUCUCCAGAGCUUUUGUAUGCUUUGGCUAAAAUGGGUCAUGCCGAUGAACUGGUCCUUGCAGAUGCCAACUUCCCCGUCUCCUCGGUGUGCAAAUGCGGACCUAUUGAGAUCAGAGCUGACGGUCUACAAAUCCCCGUCCUGUUGGAGGCUAUUCUGAAGCUCUUCCCGCUGGAUGACUACGUGCGGUGCCCGGCAGCUGUUAUGGACCUGGUGGACAGUGACAAGGAGCGUGGUCUAGAGACACCUGUGUGGGCUACAUACAUCCACAUGCUCAAACAGUCCGGAUCCCAGGGCAGCUUGGAGACUGUGGAGAGGUUUGCAUUCUAUGAGAGAGCCAAGAAAGCAUUCGCUGUCGUGGCAACAGGGGAGACGGCACUGUAUGGGAACCUGAUCAUAAAGAAAGGUGUGAUCGCUCCCAGUGAACUGUGCUGAUACCUGCAGUCUCACCGAGGCUGUCUCUCCCUCCCUCAAGAAUCUUCAUUUACCUCUGCUGUGGUCAAACAGCAUGUUGUAAAUGCUUUAUUAACACCGGAGGAGUUUAUUAAACUAGCUGGAAAGAUGACAUUUCUAUAGACAUACAUUCCUCGCAGGGUGGGGAGUGGGGAGGGUUGGGGUGCUUUAAAAAUGUUCUUGGUUUGGAGACUCACAGCGAGGGAGACGCAUCAAAAAUCUUGUGGCUGUGGGAUCACACAGGGAUCUGUAGCUGUAACCAAACACUCCAUGCUCUUGUGUUCAGAUGUAAUCGCCCUGUGAAGUGUGUGUGUCUCUGUGUGUUAUCCGCCGAGAAUAACGACUGUGUGGGAAGUGAAUUAAUGAGCGUGUUAAGUACGGGAAAUUUAUGAAUGAGUAUGGAUCCAUGGGACGUGUUCGAAUGGAAUCACGGAAAUGAAUACCAGAUCCUGGUCUCGUGACACCAAAGUAGCAGACACCAAAUAUUAUCAGAAGCUCUUUGACAUUAAUGAUGUUUUCACAUACGACACCCUUGGGAUUUAAUACAUUUGCCUUCUCUUGUGAAUUUAAAUAAUCCAUGUGUAAUUUCAAAGAUGUAUUUUGUCCAUGUUGAAUGGAUUAUGAGAUUUUUCAUUUCUCUAUUUUCUUUCAGUGAAUCGCACCCAUGUAAUCUUCCACACUGCAGUGGAGUUUAUAUAGUGCAACACACAAUUCACAAUCAGUGACUAUUUUUAUUGUCAAUAUUGGAGGGAGAAUUAUAAAUAAAGAUAUUUUUUUUACAAAA